AUGUCUCUCUCUCACUCUCAAAUCGGUUAUUUGAUUCCUCUGAAUCAAAAUUUUGAAGAAGAAAAAGCUUCAACUCCUAAGCUAGCUAUCUCAGACGGCACAACCAUUAUUGGGCGGAACAACCUCGCCGUCACUGACAAGAGGCUCAGCCGCAAACACCUAACUAUAACCACUUCUACCGAUGGCACUGCAAAUUUGCAUGUGGAAGGUACGAAUCCAGUUGUUGUUAAUUCUGGGAAUAAGAGAAGGAAGCUUAACUCCAAAGAAACAGUUGCUAUUUCUAAUGGAGAUGUAAUUGAGCUCAUUCCUGGUCACCACCUUUUUAAAUAUCAAGUAUUGCAAAGAGAUUCAAGUGGUGCAGACAAAGAAGCCCGUGAACGAGGAAGAAAUGCAGUAACACAAAAGUGUGAUAAAAUUGCAGUGACACAAAAGUGUGGUUAUUCCCGGUCACGUGAGGAAGCUAUUUCUGAUUUCCAUGUAGCUGAAGAUCAAAUACCUUGCACCUUUCGACUUUUGCGUGUGCAAAGGUUACCAUCUUGGGCUAAUACUUCAUGUGUUUCAAUAAGCAAUGUUAUACAGGGGGAUAUUCUAGUUGCUAUCCUUUCAAACUACAUGGUAGACAUUGACUGGUUGAUUCCUGCUUGUCCUGCACUUUCAAAAGUUCCCCACGUGCUUGUUCUUCAUGGAGAGGGUGAUGAGAGGGUGGCUUGCAUGAAGAUAAGCAAACCUAAAAAUUGGAUUUUGCACAAACCGCCUCUUCCAAUUUCAUUUGGGACACACCAUUCAAAGGCCAUGCUUCUUGUAUAUCCUCGAGGAGUAAGAGUCAUUGUACAUACGGCAAACUUAAUUUAUGUAGAUUGGAACAAUAAAAGCCAAGGUCUAUGGAUGCAAGAUUUUCCAUGGAAAGAUCAAAAUAGUCCGAGCAGGGGAUCUAGAUUUGAAAAUGAUUUGGUUGAAUAUCUCAGUGCACUGAAGUGGCCAGAAUUCUCUGUUAAUCUUCCAUCCCUUGGAAACUUUAGCAUAUGUCCAUCAUUUUUCAAGAAGUUUGAUUAUAGUGAUGCAAUGGUUAGAUUAAUUGCAUCUGUACCUGGAUAUCAUUCUGGUAAUGGUUUGAAAAAGUGGGGUCAUAUGAAGCUUCGUUCUGUGCUCCAAGAAUGUACAUUUGAUGAAGAAUUUAAGAAAUCUCCCCUUGUUUAUCAGUUCUCCUCCCUUGGCUCUUUAGAUGAAAAAUGGAUGGUUGAAUUGGCAUCAUCAAUGUCAGCAGGUCUCUCUGAAGAUAAAGUACCCCUUGGCAUGGGGGAGCCUCAAAUAAUAUGGCCUACUGUAGAAGAUGUCAGAUGCUCAAUAGAGGGUUAUGCUGCUGGCAAUGCAAUCCCAAGUCCUAUGAAGAAUGUAGAGAAAGCAUUUUUGAAAAAGUAUUGGGCAAAGUGGAAAGCAAGCCAUACUGGUCGCACCCAUGCUAUGCCACAUAUAAAGACUUUUGCUCGUUACAAUAAUCAGAAUCUCGCUUGGUUCUUGUUAACUUCGGCAAAUCUGAGCAAAGCUGCUUGGGGAGCUCUUCAGAAGAAUAACAGUCAGUUGAUGAUUCGUUCAUACGAGCUGGGAGUGCUCUUUCUACCGUCAUUAUUGAAACGAGGAUGUGGGUUUUCCUGUACCAGUAAUGUUAAACAAUUGAAGGAUAAAAGCUCAACACAGGGAACAUCUGAAAUGAAGAAAACAAAGCUAGUAACCCUAACUGCGCCGACAAGGGAUACUACACAUUCAUCUUCUGAAGUUAUCAUCCAGUUACCUGUGCCUUAUGAACUCCCUCCACUGCCUUAUUCUUCAGAAGAUGUGCCUUGGUCUUGGGAUCGGCGAUAUUUCAAGAAAGAUGAUUAUGGUCAAGUUUGGCCUCGGAUGUAA